AUGCGAUUGCAGAUCUUCGGCGAGGGCUUCCUCAAGAUCCGUGAUAAGUUCAGACGCUUAAAGGAGAAAACAUUGAAGACAUUGAAGCUAACGGCAGAACAGUUGAAGGCUCUCAAAGAAAGACUGAAGAAAUGGCGGCCUAUCAAGAUCGAUAAAGUCGCAGAGAAGGGAGACUCCAUUGAGGAGGUCAAUGGCAAUAGCCAUGUUGCUGAAGAUCUGUAUCAAGGGGACGUGGUUCUGACAAUGACACAAGCUGAAGAAAUAGCCGCGGGUAUAGAAGAACAGGCUAACGGUGGUAAUCGUACGAAACGUCAGGCAUUCAAGGAUCGAAGAUAUCCGAAUACAUUAUGGUCAGAAGGAGUGAACUAUUAUUUCCACCCACUUGCCAGCAGAGAGAUGCGAAGUGCAUUUUUGAAGGGAGCAAAAUGGUGGGAAAAGGAUACCUGCAUCAAUUUUGCUGAGAAUCGCAUGGCCGAAGACCGAAUAAUGGCAGACUGGCUGAAUCAGUUCAAUAAAGAGACACCACAGACCAACGACAAUUAUGGAAUGACGUACGAUUAUGAGCGAUGCGAUCCACGAACAUCACUUGAAUGUGAAAUGGGCGGCUUCCCUCAUCCUCGAGGUUGUCGAAAAUGCAUUUGCCCAGGUGGUUACGGCGGAGCCCGAUGCACAGAAAGGGUGCAAAUUUGUCGAGUUUUUAACAGUGAGAGGAUGUUGCGACAAAGGCUGUUUUCAUUCAGCCAUCAGGAUGCGCCAAAAAAAAUCAAGCUCCUACCAACAGGGUGA